AUGUCUUUCCCUUAUUCCCAGGAUGCUCGUCGUCGGCGGGUCGGAGCCGGUACUGGCUUCAGCUCGACUGGUAUUGCGACUGUCAGCGUUGCAGCGUGGAUAUGGAGCGAACGGAGCGAAGAUGAUGAUAACGACGGUGAUUACCCCCGGGACGACGAAAGAUUCCCAGCGCCCGGUGCUAGCGGGGAGGGACUUUCGCGCGGCACGUAUGAUGAAGACUAUGCUGGAACGACAGCGACAGAUAUUCAUGGUGAUCACCCGGAUGAUGCUGGUAUGAUGGCUCGGAUGCAGGGGGCUUUGCGACGCACUCCCAGCCCCCAACAGAUCUUCGACGGUGCCAGCAAACGAGUUGCAGCCGGCGUGGCCGCGGCAGGAGCAUUUGUGGGUGGUGCUUUAACAUCUAUUCGAGAAGAGGACAGGGUAGACUACGAGGAUCAUUCACGGUGGUCCGAAGAAGUGGAAAAUCGAACCAGCCGCAGAGGGCAACCGGAUAUGCCGGCCCCAGCUAUGAAAGGUGCCCUCCCCGGCCACAGCGCAGUUGGUGGCCCUUCACAUCUUGACAAAAGGAAGAAAACUGUGGCAAUUGUUGUGUCAUCCGAAGCCUCACACCUCGAGUCCGAAGAAUUUACGUCCGACUACGUGUCUAUCCUGUCGCAUCUUCCUGAACAUGUCAACCCGGAUAUGGCUAAGAUAUUUGUUAUGAUCUAUUCACCAGGCUUGAAACAUGCUCCUUCUCAGGGUAAUGGAUCGCAUCCUACCCUCUCCGUUACUUCGUCGUACUCAAAUAUCGCACCCGAAGAGGCUGCAUCUCCCGGUGAACUCCCUUCACCAGGUGCUCAAGCCGCGGAUGAUUCUGAAGGCAUAACGCCUCUCUUCAAGACUAUGUAUACGCAGGCUCAAGCGAUUGUAGAGAAGUCCAACGCAAUCAUGCCGUUCAACACCCCUACAGGAUACGUGCACCUUGUACGACAUAUCUCUCCUGACAUUGUAUAUGUCCAAGAGUCUUUGGCGGGAAAAGAAGGAGAUGCAGUGCACCAUAUUUCCGGAUGGGUUAGGCAAGUUGUUGUCGUCGUGGGUGAUGAGGGCGGCCGAGGCGGACUAGUCGACAGCGAGGAUGAAUCGACUCUUGCGGAUAAAGGUGACCCUUGGUGGCAGAGGGAAGGAACUACUGGAAUCGGCAAACGUAUCGAUGUUGUCGAUGCGCUCCGUACAGGAGAUGACUGGCGACGUAGGGUAUCUGGCUUUGACUAG